CUCACUAACUUGCUAUUUGUGUGGCGUCGCGAGUUCAUCGCGAUUUCAUUUCUCUCUUCGCUUUGUGGAUUUGGAUUUUUGGCUGUUUUCCGCCCGACAAAAAAAACCCAAACACUAUUCGUAGACCAUAGCAGAGCCAGCAACACACGUUACUGAGAAAUACUACACACUACACUAAGUUACAAAAACACACGACAACGGGAAAAUGUCACAUCAAAGUUACAACAGUGCUAAAAUCGCAGAAAUACCCCGGGAUCCCUGAAUCAAAAAAGGAGAAAAACCGCGCAAAAUAUACAGCAAAUCGAAAGGAAGCUGAAAAAGAAAAACUUGUGAAAAACUAGAAAUACAAGGCAAAGAAAAAAACAGCCAGUGCAAAUUAAACGGGAAGAAUUUUUUUUGGUGUCCCUUUUUUUGGUGUUUUUUUAUUCAUCGUCUUUUCCCCCCAUUUGACGCAAAAAGUGCGCAACAACACUUGCGAGACGGCGGGAACGGGAUAGAAAUAGAUAUAGCCGACCGACCCCGACUGGAAAGCAAAGGAAACUGAAACUUAACCAAAUUGGAUUACAAUUAAUUGAAUAGAGACGACAGCCGUUCGUAGCUCAGGAACCACUACUUCGAUAUAUAUAGGAAAAGCCCAGACUCUGACACAAUGUCUCUACAUCCGCUCGACUACCGCACCGAACUGCUGAUGGGCUACGACUUCGAGUACACCCCCUUCGAUAUGGGCGAGAUCUUCGGGAUCGACAACAUCCAGCCGGUGUCCACCAUCCAGGGCGAUCUGGAGAAGAUCGGCGACGUGGACGGGGGAUUUCCCGACUAUGACAUGGAGGACGAUAUAAAGCCGGAGAUCCGCAAUGUCGACUGCAUGUGGUCCGCAAUGGCCACCUGCCUGAGCAGCGGCAAUGUGAAUGUAAAUGGCUCCAACGGUUCCAAUAACUCCGGCAGCAACAGUGCAGCCUCGUCGUACAGUGAAACCAGUGCCAUUUCCCUGGCCGUCGUUUCCGGCUCCACGAAUCCCUACAGCUCAUAUCAGCGAUCGAUCACGGAUAAUGCCACCAGCCAGACGGCGAAUGUGCAGCAGGUUGUUAGCCCCGAGAAAAUGGCCGUGGUCAUCAAAAAGGAACUGGUGGAUCUGGACUAUGUGGUCAGCCAGAAGCGCCGUCGUUUGAGCGGCAGCGAUAAGAAGUCGCAGCAGCAGCAGCUGAACCAGGACGAAGACCAAUUGAUACCGCCGGGCGGAAGUCUCCUCCGCAAGCGGAACACCAACAACACAAGCAGCAGCAGCAGCAGCAACAACAACAGCAGCCAGGCACUGGACAGCAAAUACCUGAGACCCGAUACACCGCACAGUCUCAACGACGAGGUGACCGCCGCCCCGGAAUUCAGGCACAAUGUCGAUUUGCGUGCCUGCGUGAUGGGCAGCAACAAUAUCUCGCUGACCAACGACGAUGGCAGUUACAUAAUGCAAAUCAGCCGGGAUCUGCAGAACGCCGGCAAGGAUCUGUUCCUACCAGCACGCUUCCCCAUCCCUACGAUGAACGAUGUCCUCGAUGUGCUCAACAUGCAGGUGAAUUCAACGUCGACAACAAAUGGCAACGGUAGCAGCAACAGCAACAGCCAACAGCAGACAAGCCAACAGAUUGACGAACAACAGCAGGCCAUCGAUAUAGCCACCGGCUGCAGUACAGUGGGCUCUCCGCCGACAACCGGCUCCGAUUCGGAUUCAGAUGAUGGCGAAUCGCUCAACUUUGGUCUGCGGCACCAUCGCAGCAGCAACGUAGCCAGCAAGAGCAGCAGCAACGGCAUGUUGCAGCACAUGAAGCACAUCAGCGAUCACAGCUAUACGCGCUGCAACGAUAUGGUGGACGAUGGACCCAAUCUCGAGACCCCCUCCGAUUCCGACGAGGAAAUCGAUGUGGUGUCGUAUACGGACAAGAAGCUGCCCACGAAUCCCUCGUGCCACGUGAUGGGCGCCCUGCAGACCAAGAUGGCCCACAAGAUCUCGAUCGAUCACAUGAAGCAGAAGCCGCGCUACAACAACUUCAAUCUGCCGUACACGCCGGCCAGCAGCAGUCCGGUGAAGUCGGUGGCCAACUCGCGCUACCCCUCGCCCUCGAGCACGCCCUACCAGAACUGCUCCUCCGCCUCGCCGUCCUACUCGCCGCUCUCGGUGGACUCGUCGAAUGUCAGCUCGAGCAGUUCCAGCUCCAGUUCGCACUCUAGCUUCACCGUUAACAACAAUAACAGCAAGGGACGCAAGCGAUCCUGCCUGAAGGCGGCCCCAGGUGUUUUCACGUCGAGCGUCGUUUUGCCGGGCGGCGGAAUUAUGAUGGGCAAGAAGUGUCGCGGCAAGAAGGUGGUGGGCAGUGGCGGCCACUCAUCCUCGGCCUCCUCGUCGGGCAGCACAUCGCCCGUUUCGGCCGGGCAGGAUGCCAUGGAUGCCAUGGAUCGCAACUGGCAGCGUCGCAAUGGACCCAGCAUGACCUCCAGUACGAGCGCCAGCAGCAGUGUCCUCCGGAAGGACUUUGUUUUGGGCCUGGACGAAGCCGAUACGAUCGAGAAGCGCAAUCAGCACAACGAUAUGGAGCGACAGCGUCGCAUUGGCCUGAAGAACCUCUUCGAGGCUCUGAAGAAACAGAUCCCGACGAUCAGGGACAAGGAGCGGGCUCCCAAGGUCAAUAUCCUGCGGGAGGCGGCCAAGCUGUGCACUCAGCUUACCCAAGAGGAGCACGAGUUGAGUAUGCAGCGCCAGGUGCUGAGUAUGAAGCUCAAGCAGCAGCAGGAGAUCCUGGCCCGCUACAGGCUGGUCAAAUCCGAACCGCACUCGGUCAGUGGAUAGUAGUGUUGUCAUCAUCAGGUCGCUUAAAUCUGCUUAAAGCGGCGGCGUAGAGCUAGGACCCUAUAUAUAUAUAUAUAUACUAUUUUAUGCGAUUUUUCAUUUGAUUUUUUAGACCCCCCAUGAUGAUUCUUUCUUGACCUUAAGCCUUAUAUGCAUGAUUUCUUUUUUUUUUUCAUUUUUUUUUCCGUGGAGAAACUUCAAUAUCAGUUGGUAGGUUAUUUUUAAUGAUGAUUUGCUUGCUUUGCUUUUUUUUCGUACCAUUCAAGAGGGGUUAGUAGUGUGUACAAGUGAUUUAACAAAUUUGAUUUCUUUAAUGUGAUAUAUAUAUGAUUUUCUUUCCGCGCGAUUUGAUUUGAUUUGGCAAGGAAGUUAACGGAAAACGGUUUUAUGGAAUCAAAUUGAAGUGUUUUUUUCGCUGCAUAUAUUACAAUAUACAUACUACACGUAGGACUAGUCUUAGGUAGCGUUUAGGGGUCUGUAUAUAACAUAUUCGAUAUAGGUUAUAUUAUAGUUAUUUUUUUGAAUUAGCUACUUAACCAUGAAGUAAACAAAAAGGAAAACAAGAUUUAUAAGGAGAAAACAAACGAAAAAUAAGGACAAGAAACCAAACAAUGAAAACUGAAAGUAAUAGUGAAGAAAGAUGGAGAGAGGAGGAGAGGAGAUAGAGGAAAAGAGGAGAAACACAAACUUACGAAAAGGGAAACACAAAAAGAAAAACAAAAACGGAUACGGAAAACAGACAAAAGUUACAACGAAAGAGCCACAAAGAGGAGAUAGAGCACACAAAAUCGGAAGUGAGAACGAUGAGAUAUGUUUAGGAAUAUAUUAGUAUAGCUAAAAGUAGAACUUUUGGUUGCCACCACCCCAAAAAGAGGAAACAAAGAGCCGGCUUCAAAUGGUUCCAAACUUCUUGACGAAGCAAUACGGAACCCCAUAUUUCGACC